AUGGAUCCAUUCUCGGCAGAAGGUGAACUCAUCAACAUUCACAAUGCCUUCCAUCAAGGCCAGUACCAGGAGGUGAUCGACUUCGAUACAUCGGCCCUAUCCUCUGAAAACCACCUUCCUGCUCGCAUCCUACAGCUGCGCGCCAAAAUUGCCCUGGGACAGACUGACCAGGUUCUCUCCGAUGUUGACGGCGAAGAAGACACCCCCGACCUUGCGGCAGCGAAGGCAUUGGCGCAGCAAACAUCCGGCGACAGCGAGUCCGCCCUGAAGCUCACACAGGACCUGGCGGAGAACUAUCCUGAUAAUGCUACCGUGCAGGUUCUGGGUGGAACAGUGCUGCAGGCGCAGGGGUUGAGCGAGGAGGCUCUGGCUUUGUUGACGAAGCACCAAGGCAAUCUGGAAGCUGUUGCAUUGAUCGUUCAGAUCCACCUUCAGCAGAAUCGCUCCGAUCUCGCCCUGAAGGAGGUGCAGACUGCCAAGCGGUGGGCUCAGGAUUCCCUGCUUGUUAAUUUGGCCGAGUCGUGGGUUGGUUUGAGGGUUGGCGGCGAAAAGUACCAAUCUGCUUUCUACGUCUAUGAAGAACUCGCCGCUGCCCCUAGUACAUCUGCCCCGCUCUCGAUCGUCGGUCAGGCCGUGGCUGAAAUCCACCUCGGCCGGUUGCCAGAAGCUGAAGCUGCAUUGACGACAGCUCUGGAGAAGUACCCCGAGGACGCGGAGCUCAUUGCCAACAGCAUUGUGCUGAACGUUUUGGCCGGAAAGCCGACCGAGGAGCUCGAGGCGCGUCUACAGAACGUGCAGUCAUCGCAUGCUCUGUUGGCUGAUAUUCAAGAGAAGAGUGCAUUCUUCGAUACCGCUGCUGCGAAGUAUGCGCCGAGAGUGUCGUCUUAGAUCCCUUUUGCAUAUCCCCCUUUUUUCCCUUUUAUAUUCGAUUCUUACUCUUCUUC